AUGCCAGCAUCUCUCUCAGCUGCAAGAAGAUCAACUGCAUUGCCAAGCUCCAACUCUGCUUUUAGCAUAGGUCGGCUGAGCUACUCUCCUCCUGGAGUUCGGAAUCGGCAAGAGAUAAGAGGGACGUACUUAACAGCAAGGAAGUGGAAUCAAUCCCGUUUGCUACAGGAUUCUUUCGAUCUGACUAAGAGAUUGGCAUCAAGAAAGCAAGGCCCCAUUGACAUUGAGCUUAGCCUAGAAUCGAAAAAGAGGUACCCAAGGAGGCUUCGUUACUUCUAUGGAACUCUUUCAAAGGGGAAUAGAGGAGGUUUUGAUUCCAUUAGAAGAAAGCAAAGGCAAUUAGUUCAUCUUUUCAUAGGUAGCCCGGUUAACCAGACAAGCUGGAUUCAAAACCUGAACGAAGGCUGGCAGCGAGAGGGAAGUUUGAUGAACUACUGGCAAGGAUGGAUUUCAGAGUUUGAGACCGGGGCUUUACAACUAUUUAGGAAUGAAGUCCUAUUCGCCAUGGAAUUGCCGUCAGCCUUAAAGGAGGAAGGAGAAAGCAAUGGAAGAGGAAAAGGGAAAGAAAGCAAUUGA